AUCAUGUAAAGAAACUAAUACCUUUACACUGGUUCCACGGUCUGAAGAUAUGCACGUCCUAGGAAACAGAUGGGUGCAUAGAGUGAAGUUGAAUGCAGAUGGAAGUUUCAAGAAGCUUCGAUCUCGUCUGUUUGCAAAAAGAAAUGAGCAAGAAGAAGGGGUUGAUUAUCUUGAAACCUACAGCCCUGUGGUUAGAAUGGCAUCAUUAAGGACAAUUCUACACAUGGCUACGGUAUUGAAUUGGGAAAUAAGACAAAUGGAUGUCAAAAAUGCAUUCUUACACGGUGAUUUACAAGAAUAGGUGUUCAUGAAGCAACCUGCUGGUUUUGUUGAUCAAGAGCAUCCUCAUCAUGUGUGGAAAUUGAACAAAGCGAUCUACGGCUUGAAGCAAGCUCCGAGGGCGUGGUUCGACAAGUUCAGCACCUUCCUGAUUGACUUUGGUUUUUGCUGCUCCAAGUCUGAUCCAUCCCUGUUUGUUUACAAAACGGAAACAGACAUUAUUAUUCUUCUACUAUAUGUAGACGACAUGGUGAUCACAGGAAACAGCUCAGAGAGUCUUGAUCAUCUACUUAAGCAACUCAACAGCGAGUUCAGAAUGACUGAUAUGGGAAAGCUACACUACUUUUUGGGAAUUCAAGUUCAGACACAUGAUAAAGGGUUGUUCUUAUGUCAGCAAAAGUAUGCAGAAGACUUACUUGCAGUCGCAAGGAUGAAAGACUGUGAACCAAUUCCUACGCCUUUGCCACAUCAACUGAAUCGAGUUGAAGACAAGUCUGAACUGUUCUCUCAUCCUACCUACUUCAGAAGUCUUGCUGGCAAGCUCCAGUAUCUGACUCUGACGCGUCCAGACAUUCAAUUUGCUGUGAAUUAUGUCUGUUAGAAGAUGCACUCGCCAACAGUCUCUGAU